AUGGAACUGCGGGAUCGCCCGUUUCUCGUGCUAUUUCGGUUUGUGCGGUUUCGCACUUGCUUCGUAGCUGACGGUGACGGUUCAGAUCCCAACCGCUUUAUCGAAGCCACCCAGGCUGUCUAUCUGGUCGGCCAAGUCGUUGCAUACCGAACGUGCAAUCGGCUAUCCUUUGUGACGCCGUCGGGCGUCGCACUCCGACCAACUUCGAACUACAUGUGUGUGGUGGCCGUUCGGCAACCUGAGUCCAAUACUCGCAUCCACGUGCUCCUCCCAGCCCAGGAUGCCCGGGAUUCGCUGAUAUCGCGUCACGAGUACGCCGUUGGUUGGUGCCACGGGGCACGCAGCAGCAGUCACCCCAAUCGCCGCACCGCGCGGUUCCGCUCUCGGUGGGCGGAGUUCAUCAGGCCUUCGGCGAAUGACUCGAACCUGCAGCGCCUACUAUGCGACGCUUUCGUACCCAGAGGAUCUGACACCAGGGUGGACUUCGGUACAGUGGCCAUCCCGUUGGUCACCGAAUUUGGUCGUGUUAUCUCGAUUACGCCUUUGGAGUAUGCGCGGACGUACGUCGGACCGACAAGUUCCACUUCAGGAGUGGAUGCGGAUGCUGACAGUGAUUCGGAAUCGCCCAUUUGA